AUGUCGAGUCUCAACAAGCUUGCCAUCCGUGGGAUCCGCUCUUUCGACGAUAAACAGGUCUCCGUAAUCGAAUUCUUCUCCCCCGUCACCGUCAUCGUCGGCCAUAAUGGCAGUGGCAAAACGACUGUCAUUGAAUGUUUGAAGUACGCAACCACAGGAGACCAGCCUCCAAAUACAAGAGGAGGCGCAUUCGUGCAUGACCCUAAGAUGGCGAACGAAAAAGAGGUCAAAGCCCAGGUAAAGCUCAGGUUCCACGCUGCCAACGGGACACGCAUGUUGGCCGUUCGUAAUCUCUCUGUUACGAUGAAGAAGAAUGCCGCUCUUACCAUGAAGACACUGGAGAGCAUUCUGGCCCUCGACAAUAACACAGAGAACGGAGGCAAGCGUGCUGUUAUUUCAACUAAAUGUGCAGAGAUGGAUACAGAGAUUCCCCAUCUAUUGGGUGUCUCAAAGUCUGUGCUGGAGAACGUGAUUUUCUGCCAUCAAGAGGAUUCUUAUUGGCCUCUCGCUGAGCCUGCUGCGUUGAAGAAGAAAUUCGACGAUAUAUUUGAAGCAACAAGGUACACCAAAGCUCUUGACUCCAUCAAGGCCCUUCGAAAAGAUCGUGCGGCGGAACUCAAAGCCGAAAAAGAGCGCCUAGAGUCGCUCUCGCUUCAAAAAAAGCACUCAGAUAAGCUUAAGAGCCGAAUAUUGGAUCUUACUGCCGAUAUAGCUUCCAAAGAGGUCUCGUACGAAGAGACAAAGGAUGCCUAUGAGCGGCUGGUGUUGGCGAAUAAAGCGUUUCUAGACUCUGCCACCAAGUUUCGAGAAAUGUACGUCAAAAUUGAGGUUCUGGAGCAGCAGAGAGACCGGGAUCAGCAGUUGCUUGCUGGACGGAAAGCCACCGUGACAGAGCUCAGUGACACUGAUGAGGAGCUCUUGGAUCGUCAGAGGAAUUUCGAAGACCAUAUAGCAAAGCGCAAGCAAGACCGUGCUCGUGAAGAAUCCAAGAAGCAGGACUUGGAUGAUAUGAUUGAUAGUGCGCGCAAAACUCAUGUGGGCCUUGUGGGCGAAAAGGCGAGGCUCGUAUCAGAAGCGAAGGUGCAAGAGGACCGCAUUUCUGAUCGCGAGGUCUUGAUUCGAGAACUAGGCGCGCAACACACCAUCAAGGGCUUUGACACGUCUCCUUUAGCCAAGGAGAAGGUUGUUGCGUUCUCUGAUAGAUUGAGUGAUUUGCAACGACAGCGAACAUCAGAAGUCAAUAAACUUGAGCUUGAACGCCGCGCAAAAGGCGAUGAUUAUAAUCAUAAAUCUCGCGAGUUGUCAAACAUUCUGGAGAAACACAAGCAGCAGAAGGCUCACACCCGUGACAAACUUUCGAAGACACAAUCCGACCUCGCCGCGGCUGAAGAGACUAUCGAAGCCUCUCGAAUGGUUGAUGCUGAGCUUGAGACGCUUUUGGCAGACAUGGACGAGAAGAAGGAUCGGAUCGAGAAGAGUCGGAUGGAGAUUUCGUCCGCCAAAUAUGAUAACCGCCUGACGGAGCUGACUAGCAAGGGCCGUGGUUUGGAAGACAAGCGCGAUGCAUUGAACGAUGAAUUUAGGGCACUCAGUCUUCAAGCUGAUUCUAGAGCAAAGCUGGACCUCAAGCAAAGCGAGUUGAAGUCUAAGUCGAGCGAGUUGAAGAACCUUCUGCAGAUCAACAAUGCGAAGUUCAGGAAGCUUAUCGGCACAGACGCGCGCGCCGAGACUAUGGAGAAGGAGUUGGACCGUGUAAUCAUUGAAAAAGAUAGCGAGUAUGGCUCUAUUGAGAGGCUGUCAGCAGGCGCAGAUAGGACCCUCCACGAAGCAGAGACCGCCUUGUCGUCUUCCAAAGCCCUGCUGACUGCAAAGCAAUCGGAGAUAAAGAGAUUGGAGCGACAGCUGCAAGAAGGCCUCUAUGAACAUGAUUGUGUUGAGACUGCCAUGAAAACAACCAGAGAAGAGCUGGAUGAGCUGAAGGGUGAAAUCGGCACGGCGGCCAGUGCUCGGCAGCUUUACGAGAUGUUUCUCAAGAUCGGCAAGUCAAGGAGUAUAUGUGCGCUAUGUACACGCCAUAUGGAUGAUGGCGAACUCGCAAUUUUUGAGAAAUCCAUCAAAGAGAAGGUUCAAAAAACCUCGUCUAGUGCUGCCGCCAACAAUCAGACGGACAUCAAUAGCCGUGAGACUUAUUUGGAGGAGCUCCAGAAGCUGAUACCAGUGGAAAGUACUCGAGACCGUCUCAAGAGCAUCGAGAUUCCUGCUUUGCAGCGAGAGAUCAAGGAGAAGGAUGCAUCACUGCCUUCGCUGGCAGAAGCUGCUGACAAGGCCACCGAAAGGUUGACUUCAGCGAAGAAGGACCUGAAAGAUCUCAAUGUCCUGCGACAACAUGCGAGCAAUGUCUCAAGGUUACUUCAAGACACCGAGCGCCUUCAGCAGGAUAUCUCAGACAUACAGAAAGAACUGUCAGCCUCCGGGUCUACAAAGACAGCGACUGAUGUUCAACAUGAGAUUGACAGUGUGCUAGCGGAUCUGCGCUCUACUGAACGAGAGAAGCAGAGUCUUAUGACUGAAAGGGAGCGUCGAAGAAAUGCUAUCCAGACAUUUCAAAACGACUUGCAUACAAUGCAAUUGCGCGAGAGCCAGCUCCGGGCACAAAUCCGUGAGAAAGUCAUCUUGGAGAAAAGCAUGGAUGAUAUGCGCCAAGAAAUUGCUACCUUGACUGUGCAGGGCAAAGAACUUGAUAUCUUGAUUAAGGAUGGCCAGGCUCCCAUUGAUCUUCUCGAUCAAGAAUUUGAUUCUUUCCAGAAAGACUUCGCCGCAAGAUCCUCACAGGCUCAACAAGAAGUGCAGGAACUCAACAAAAGCGUUGAUAAGCUUGACAGUGUCAACCGAGUCAUUAACCGUUACGUACGUGACAGGCAUGCCCGCAAAUUGAAGGAAAUUACAGAUAAAAUCGACAAGUUUGAGGCCAAUAUCCAAGAACAUGUCCGUGAUGUCGAGCGAGUUCGCGCCGAAAUCGCUCUGAUCAACAAGGAGAUCGACGAGGGAGGCGCAGUACAAGCAAAUAUACGCGAUAAUCUGUUCAUGCGGGAUCUCGUUCGUAGUAUCAACCAAACCCAGAAAGAAAUCGAUGCCCUGGAUAUGGAAGAGGCCGCCAAGGCUAGGCGAAACUUCGACGAACAGUAUCCCAAACAGUUGGAGCGGGAGACUAAUAUGCAAAGCAACUAUGCACAUGUUGGCGGGCAGAUUCAGGCUUUGAAGAGUCAGCUCAAGCAGCUUGAGAAUGAUUCCAAAGAAUUCAAGAACAUCAGCAAACAGUAUACUGAGCAGUUGGUGAAAGUCAAAAUGUCAGAUAUGGUGAAUAACGACCUUGACAAGUAUGCCAAGGCUCUCGAUAAUGCGAUCAUGAAGUAUCAUUCUUUGAAGAUGGAAGAGGUAAACGAUAUUAUGCGACAUUUGUGGAAUAAGACCUACCAAGGCACAGAUAUCGAUGGAAUCAAAAUUCGCUCAGAUAGUGAAGGUGGUGCAUCCAAGAGAUCGUACAAUUACCGGGUGGUCAUGACCAAGGAUCAGGUUGAGAUGGAUAUGCGUGGUCGUUGCUCAGCUGGCCAAAAGAUGCUCGCUUCCAUUGUCAUACGGCUUGCGUUGUCAGAUUCGUUCGGACAAAAUUGCGGCAUUCUCGCCCUGGACGAGCCUACAAACGCUUUAGAUACGGAGAACAUCGACGCUCUUGCUGCAAGUCUUGUCGAUAUUAUCAACGAACGAAGGAACCAUUCCAACUUUCAGUUGAUCAUCAUCACCCACGACGAGAGCUUCUUGCGCAAACUAGGGCAGAGCAAUGUCAUGGAGCACUACUGGCAAGUCACUUUCGUCUGUCAAUUCGAUUGUAAUCGUCAUACAUCCACCUACAGGCGCGUCUCGAGAGAUUCAAGGCAGAAGUCGGUGAUUGAGCGGCAGAGAUUCGGCUGA